AUGGAUAUCUUUGGGUAGCCAAUAAACCUCAAUCUUGAUCUGAGAUCCAAGUACCAGACUUUCUUGGGAGGAUUGGUUUCAAUGUUCAUAGUCUUUCUGUUGAUUGGCUACAGUGUGAAUGAGAUAAUUGGGUACACCAUCCAGAGAGGCAUACAGAUCACUUAGGAAGGGGACUAGACGAAAUUCAAUUAUGAUCCCGAUGUGCUGGUACUAAACAAUUAGAAUUUCAUUUUUGCCAUCAGAGUAGAGCAAGACAGUUUCUACCAGUCCCCCUAAUUCGACAUUCAGGUUAGAUAGCAUCAAAACAGUAACGAAGUUUCAUUGGAGUUGUAAUAAUGCACUUUCCAGCAAUUCGUGAGUGUGUUGAAUUCGAGUUAAGUGCUGGACUUCUUGGAGGCUAAUCAAGUGAACACUUGGUUGUGUCCCAAAUCUGAGUUCUCGAUUGAAUUGGAGGGGACACCGUUUUGUAAGUUUUGA